ACUUUUUAUUUUUAAAAUAGAAACUGAAGUCUUCAUUUAAUUUAUAAGAAAACAAAAUAGCAAGAUGUUAUCCAUGCUCGUUUUGCAGCAAUAUGUAGUAUUGCAUUAUCUGCUUUGCUCUUUAUUAUCAUUCACAACAUUAACAACAGCUCAAAUUUUAACAAAUAACGGAAAUUUUCAUGUGACUUGCCCUAAUGGUUGGAAUAAAUAUGGAAAAUACUGCUACUUUUUCUACAGUAAAAAUUUCACUCAACCUGGAAAAAAUUGGUUAGAUUCUCUUUUAUGGUGUUUGAAUAAUGGGGGAAAUUUGCUAAGUGUUGCAGAUGAAGCAGAAAACUCGUUUAUAAUAAACACUCUUAAAAGUGAGAGUAUGGAAACCCAACGUUUUUGGAUUGGUUUUAAUGCCCUUCAGAGAACGUUUGCGUGGUCUGAUAAUACAAUCUCACAUUUUUUUAACUGGAGACAGGGUCAGCCUAAUAAUCAGUUAGGGAGAGAAAGCUGUGUGGAAAUAAAUUCUUAUGGAUGGAAUGACCAUGUUUGUGAUAGUCUUUUUGGAUUUAUUUGUAAAAUAAAAAAAGGAUGUGACACCACAAACAAAAGAUGUGUUAUUGGUACAAAUGUUAAAGAAAAAUGUUUUGAAGAAGAUAAUAAUAAUGACAAUGACGGUCAGAAUAAGACACAAUGCAAUGUCACCUGCACUCAUUUUUCAACAUGUAUAAAUAAUAAAUGCCAAUGUUUUAGCAAUUAUUCAUUUAUUAAUGGGAUUUGCACAGGGGAAUGGAGUGAGUGGAUUAAUGGAACAUGUGUAAAAAGCUAUGGUAAUGGAAUCAUGAGACGCAGUCGCGCUUGUAAAAAUGGUGCUUAUUGUAUUACAGAAUAUGGAGAAUUUAAAAAGUAUCAGAUACAGACAAAUGUUUAUUGCAAUAUAAAAAUCAGCGAUUGUAAUGGCACAUGCUCUUUGUUUUCAACAUGUAUAAAUAACAAAUGUCAAUGUCUUGGUAACUACUCUUUGAUUAAUGGGAUUUGCACAGGAGAAUGGAGUGAUUGGAUUAAUGGUACUUGCUUUGAAAGCUAUGGCAAAGGAAUCAUGAGACGCAGUCGAACUUGUAAAAACGGUGUUUAUUGUAUUACAGAAAAUAGAGGAUUUAAAAAGUAUCAGAUACAAACUAAUGUCUAUUGCAGUUUAAAUAUCAGUGCAACAUCAACAACUGAAGCUCCAACAUCAACAACCUCACCUUCAACAACAACCACAACUAAGAAUACAAUAACGACAACAUCUACAGCUCCAACAACAAUAACAAUAUCAAUACCAUCUGAAUCUACAACAACAACAACAUCUGAAACUCCAUCAACAAUAUGCACAACUUCUUUACCUGAAACUACUCAAGAUAUGAUUGACUGCACAUGUCUAAAAGAAUUUUGUGAAUACGACUUUGACAAAGAGAUUUGUUCCAUAGUUCAUCAAUCAUGCCCAUUAUCAAAGUCUACUCCAACACUGUUUUGUAACAAAAUAAAAUCUACAACAACCAUAACAACACCUACAGCAACCUCAACUGAUUCCACAUCAACCACAACUGAUUCAACAACAGCCACAACUGAUUUUACAUCAACCAUAACUUCACCUAUAACAGAACCAACUGAAUCUACAAAUACCAAAACUACACCAUCAAUAACCACAACUGAUUCAACAUCAACUACAACUAACUCUACAACGACCACAACUGAUUCAACAUCGACCACAACUGACUCUACAACGACCACAACUGAUUCAACAACAACCACAACAGAUUUUACAUCAACCAUAACUUCACCUAAAACAGAAACAACUGAAUCUACAACUACCAUAACUACACCUACAAUAACUACAACUGAUGCAACAUCUACCACAACUGAUACAACAACAACCACAACUGAUUCUACAUCAACCAUAACUUCACCUAUAAAAGUAACAACUGAAUCUACAACUAGCAUAACUACACCAUCAACAACCACAACUGAUUCAACAACGACUCCAACUAACUCAACAACAACCACAACUGAUUUUACAUCAACCAUAACUUCACCUAUAACAGAAACAACUGAAUCUACAACUACCAUACCUACACUAUCAACAACAACAACUGAUUCAACAUCGACAACAACUGACUCUACAACAACCACAACUGAUUCAACAACAACCAUAACUGAUACAACAGGAACCACAACUGAUUCUACGACAACCAUAACUUCACCUAUAACAGAAACAACUGAAUCCACAACUACCAUAACUACACCAUCAACAACCACAACUGAUUCAACAUCAACUACAAUUGACUCUACAACAACCACAACUGAUUCAACAACAACCACUGAAUCUACAUCAACCAUAACUUCACCUAUAACAGAAACAACUGAAUCUACAACUACCAUAACUACACCAUCAACAACCACAACUGAUUCAACAUCGACCACAACUGACUCUACAACAACCACAACUGAUUCAACAACAACCACAACUGAUUCUACAUCAACCAUAACUUCACCUAUAACAGAAACAACUGAUUCUACAACUACCAUAACUACACCAUCAACAACCACAACUGAUUUAACAUCGACUACAACUGACUCUACAACAACAACAACUGAUUCAACAGCAACCACAACUGAUUCUACGUCAACUAUAACUUCACCUAUAACAGAAACAACUGAAUCUACAACUACCAUAACUACACCUACAACAACAUCAACUGAUUUAACGUCGACCACAACUGAUUCAACAACCACAACUGAUACAACAACAACCACAACUGAUUCUACAUCAGCAAUAACUUCACCUAUAACAGAAACAACUGAAUCUACAACUACCAUAACUACACCAUCAACAACAACAACUGAUUCAACAUCGACUACAACCUACUCUACAACAACCACAACUGAUUCAACAUCGACUACAACUGACUCUACAGCAACCACAACUGAUUCAACAACAACCACUGAAUCUACAUCAACCAUAACUUCAUCUAUAACAGAAACAACUGAAUCUACAACUACCAUAACUACACCAUCAACAACCACAACUGAUUCAACAUCGACUACAACUGACUCUACAACAACCACAACUGAUUCAACAACAACCACUGAAUCUACAUCAACCAUAACUUCACCUAUAACAGAAACAACUGAUUCUACAACUACCAUAACUACACCAUCAACAACCACAACUGAUUUAACAUCGACUACAACUGACUCUACAACAACAACAACUGAUUCAACAGCAACCACAAAUGAUUCUACGUCAACCAUAACUUCACCUAUAACAGAAACAACUGAAUCUACAACUACCAUAACUACACCUACAACAACAUCAACUGAUAUAACGUCGACCAAUACUGAUUCAACAACAACCACAACUGAUACAUCAACAACCACAACUGAUUCUACAUCAGCCAUAACUUCACCUAUAACAGAAAAAACUGAAUCUACAACUACCAUAACUACACCAUCAACAACAACAACUGAUUCAACAUCGACUACAACCUACUCUACAACAACCACAACUGAUUCAACAUCGACCACAACUGACUCUACAACAACCACAACUGAUUCAACAACAACCACAACUGAUUCAACAACAACCACAACUGAUUCUACAUCAACCAUAACUUCACCUAUAACAAAAACAACUGAAUCUACAACUACCAUAACUACACCAUCAACAACCACAACUGAUUCAACAUCAACUACAAUUGACUCUACAACAACCACAACUGAUUCAACAACAACCACUGAAUCUACAUCAACCAUAACUUCACCUAUAACAGAAACAACUGAUUCUACAACUACCAUAACUACACCAUCAACAACCACAACUGAUUUAACAUCGACUACAACUGACUCUACAACAACAACAACUGAUUCAACAGCAACCACAACUGAUUCUACGUCAACUAUAACUUCACCUAUAACAGAAACAACUGAAUCUACAACUACCAUAACUACACCUACAACAACAUCAACUGAUUUAACGUCGACCACAACUGAUUCAACAACAACCACAACUGAUACAACAACAACCACAACUGAUUCUACAUCAGCCAUAACUUCACCUAUAACAGAAACAACUGAAUCUACAACUACCAUAACUACACCAUCAACAACAACAACUGAUUCAACAUCGACUACAACCUACUCUACAACAACCACAACUGAUUCAACAUCGACCACAACUGACUCUACUACAACCACAAAUGAUUCAACAACCACCACUGAGUCUACAUCAACCAUAACUUCACCUAUGACAGAAACAACUGAAUCUACAACUACCACAACUACACCUGCAAUAACCUCAACUGAUUUAACGUCGACCACAACUGACUCUACAACAACCACAACUGAUUCAACAACAACCAAAACUGAUUCUACAUCAACCAUAACUUCACCUAUAACAGAAACAACUGAAUCUACAACUACCAUAACUACACCAUCAACAACCACAACUGAUUUAACAUCAACUACAACUGACUCUACAACAACCACAACUGAUUCAACAUUGAUCACAACUGACUCUACAACAACCACAACUGAUUCAACAACAACCACAACUGAUUUUACAUCAACCAUAACUUCACCUAUAGUAGAAUCAACUGAAUCUACAACUACUAUAAUUACUCCUACAAUAACUUCAACUGAUGCAGCAUCUACCACAACUGAAUCAACAACAACCAUAACUGAUACAACAGCAACCACAACUGAUUCUACAUCAACCAUAACUUCACCUAUAACAGAAACAACUGAAUAUACAACUACCAUAUCUACACCUACAACAACCUCAACUGUUUUAACGUCAACCACAACUGAUUCAACAACAGCCACAACUGAUACAACAGCAACCACAACUGAUUCUACAUCAACCAUAACUUCACCUAUAACAGAAACAACUGAAUCUACAACUACCAUAACAACACCAUCAACAACAACAACUGAUUCAACAUCCAAUACAACAUACUCUACAACAAACACAACUGAUUCAACAUCGACCACAACUGACUCUACAACAACCAUAACUGAUUCAACAUCGACCACAACUGACUCUACAACAACCUCAACUGAUUUAACAACAACCACAACUGAUUCUACAUCAACCAUAACUUCACCUAUAACAGAAACAACUGAAUAUACAACUACCAUAACUACACCAUCAACAACCAUAACUGAUUCAACAUCGACUACAACUGACUCUACAACAACCACAACUGAUUCAACAUCGACCACAACUAACUCUACAACAACCACAACUGAUUCAACAACAACCACAACUGAUUUUACAUCAACCAUAACUUCACCUAUAACAGAAACAACUGAUUCUACAACUACCAUAACUACACCAUCAACAACCACAACUGAUUUAACAUCGACUACAACUGACUCUACAACAACAACAACUGAUUCAACAACAACCGCAACUGAUUUUACAUCAACCAUAACUUCACCGAUAACGGAAACAACUGAAUCUACAACUACCAUAACUACACCUACAAUAACUUUAACUGAUGCAACAUCUACCACAACUGAUUCAACAACAACCACAACUGAUAUAACAACAACCACAACUGAUUUUACAUCAGCCAUAACUUCACCAAUUGCAGAAACAACUGAAUCUACAACUACCAUAACUACACCAUCAACAACCACAACUGAUUCAAAAUUGACUACAACUGACUCUACAACAACCACAACUAAUGCUUUCUCAACCUUAACUUCACCUAUAACAGAACUAACUGAAUCUACAACUAGCAUAACUACACCAUCAACAACCACAACUGAUUCAACAUCGACCACAACUGAUUCUACAACAACCACAACUGAUUCAACAACAACCAAAACUGAUUCUACAUCAACCAUAACUUCACCUAUAACAGAAACAACUGAAUCUACAACUACCAUAACUACACCAUCAACAACCACAACUGAUUCAACAUCGACUACAACUGACUCUACAACAACCACAACUGAUUCAACAACAACCACAACUGAUUUUACAUCAACCAUAACUUUACCUAUAACAGAAACAACUGAUUCUACAACUACCAUAACUACACCAUCAACAACCACAACUGAUUUAACAUCGACUACAACUGACUCUACAACAACCACAACUGAUUCAACAACAACCGCAACUGAUUUUACAUCAACUAUAACUUCACCUAUAACAGAAACAACUGAAUCUACAACUAUUAUAACUACACCUGCAAUAACUUUAACUGAUGCAACAUCUACCACAACUGAUUCAACACCAACCACAACUGAUACAACAACAACCACAACUGAUUUUACAUCAACUAUAACUUCACCUAUAACAGAAACAACUGAUUCUACAACUACCUUAACUACACCUUCAACAACCUCAACUGAUUCAACAUCGACGACAACUGAAUCUACAACAACCACAACUGAUUCAAUAACAACCACAACUGAAUCGACUCUAACUGACUCUACAUAACCACAACUGGUUCAACAACAACCACAACUGAUUCUACAUUAACCGUAUCUUCAUCUAUAUUAAAAACAGCUGAUUCUACAACUACCUUAACUACACAUUCAACAACCUCAACUGAUUUAACCUCGACGACAACUGACUCUACAACAACCAGAACUGAUUCAACAACAACCACAAUUGAAUCAACAACAACCAUAACUUUACUUAUAACAGAAGCAACUGGAUAUACAACUACUAAACUACACCUUCAAUAAC